AUGUGCUCCGCCGACAUCUUCCUCGGUCUCCUCGCCAUACUCUUCCCCCCGCUGCCUGUCUGGGUCAAGUGCGGCAUCUGCAGCGCCGACUCCGUCAUCAACAUCCUCCUCUGCUGCCUCGGCUUUGUCCCCGGUCUCUUCCACGCCUGGUACAUCAUCGCAAAGUACCCCGAGCCCCCGUACGAGUACGAGGUGCUGAACGCCGACAACGAAGGCGGCCGCGUCACCUACGUCUACGUCCAAACACCCCACGGCCCGGCUUGCGGCGGCAGCGGCAACGGCAACGUCCGCCAGCAGCAACCGCGUGCAAACGGUGGCAUGAAUUACGGCACCCACGACCAGGGCCAGGGCCAGCAGCAGGCCGAGGGCAGCUCCGGCGGUGUGCCACCUUCGUAUGCCGACGUCGUGGCCGGUGAUAACAAGGUUCAAUCAUAA